UCUCCAAAUGAGGACACUAUGCCCAAACUUGGAUAGAGAAGAUGGGCUGGAAACAGUGCUGGAAGUUCCCAUCCCAGAAGAAAUGUUUGCUUCUCCUAAACACAGGACACGGCAUAACAUGAAAUAUCACACGGACGAAAAGUCAGCUGCUUCCGUAUUUGGUAGCCGAGAUGCUGAAAUUCAACUCUUGCUCGGCGUUGUUGGUGCUCCCUUAAUCCCUCAUCCUAUCCGUUCUCAACAUUCUAUCAAUACUAAGAUCAAUGAUCAUCCCAUCGAGGCUUCGAUGGCGAAAUAUAUAGUACAACAGUACAUAGCGGCAGCAGGGGGAGAAGGUGCUUUGAAUUCGAUUGAUAGUAUGUACGCAAUGGGAAAGAUAAAGAUGGUGGCGUCUGAGUUUAGUGCAGGAGAUGGUAUGGGUUUAAACAAGGGGAAUAUGAUGAAGAUCAAAAGUGUGAAAAAUGGUAGUGGAGAAAUGGGAGGAUUUGUGUUGUGGCAGAAGAGACCUGACCUGUGGAGCAUAGAGUUGGUAGUUUCAGGCUGUAAAAUAAGUGCUGGAAGUGAUGGUAAAGUGGCUUGGAGACAAACUCCAUGGCAUCAUUCUCAUGCUUCUCGUGGUCCUGCAAGGCCUCUUCGUCGCUCUUUACAGGGUCUUGAUCCAAAAUCCGUUGCUAAUUUAUUCUCAACGUCGAUUUGUAUUGGAGAGAAGACAGUGAAUGAAGAAGACUGUUUCGUACUAAAGCUUGAAGCAGAGCCCUCAUCUCUAAAAGCAAGAAGCAGCAGCAAAGUAGAGGUAAUGAGGCACACUGUAUGGGGCUACUUCAGCCAAAGAACAGGGCUCUUGUUCCAGCUUGAAGACACUCAUCUUUUGCGAAUUAAAGCGCCAGGAAAUGAUGUCUUUUGGGAAACAACAAUGGAGUCAUUAAUCCUCGAUUAUCGAACAAUAGACGGUGUUAAUAUUGCACAUGCUGGUAGGACCUCUGUUUCUCUCUUCAGGUUUGGUGAGAACACUGAAGGGCACACUAGAACAAGGAUGGAAGAAGUUUGGACUAUUGAAGAAGUUGAUUUUAACAUAAAAGGACUCUCCGCCGACUGUUUCUUACCGCCUAGUGACUUGAUGAAAGAAGAUGAAAUGGGACAUGAUGUAAACAAGAAGUCAAGGUUGGGAUUCAAGACUCCUAAAAUAAGAAGUUGUAGGAGAAGUGUAUCUAAAAUAAUGUCUAUUGAUGAAGAAGAUCUUGAAGACUAUGAAGCAGAUGAAGAGUCUUGAGAAGUUUAAUUAUAUUUUGCAAAUGGCAUAUUUAGUAUUAUUCUGUGGUCAUUUUUGUACAUGGAACACCACAGGAUAUACAUAUAUAUGUUUCUAUGUCAUAAGUAUUUCAAAUAGGAUUUAACUUGUAUUACACUAACACUAAAAACAAUUUUC